AGAAGUGUUACUACUGGGUUGUGCUGUCUGGCGCUAGAAGACCGACAUGGAGAAUAUGCAUCGCCCCACAGCACACACAGACACCGGACACCAGACACCGAACACCACGUAAAAUGUGAUUUUCAAAGGCCUCACUAUCAGCGGUGAUUUUUUCACUUCUCCCAUUCCUUUUUUAAUUUUUAUUUUGCGCUGCCUCCUCUCUCCUUAUUUCUGUGUGUGGAUCCCCCCUCCCUCCCUCCACCACUUCUGUCACUCUCUCCAUUUCCAAAGGAGGGAUCUGUGAAUCAAGUGCAACUGAAGAAGAACAUGAGUCUUGGGGAAUGAUGCCGCUGCCGUUUGUGCCACCCUCCCUGUCGCCAUGACGAUGCCGCUCAGCCCCCUCUCCAGUGACGAGGAGCAGCAAAGGAUGCUGGGAAACAAUAGACAUCUAUAUCCUGGGGCAGAGGACGAGGAAGAGGAGGAGGAGGAAGAUGAAGAAGAGGAGGGUGAGGAAGAUGACCGUGCUGAGGAGGGAGAAGAUGGGGAGAAUGGAGAGCUGGAGGGAGAAGAGGAGGAAGAGGAAGUGGAGGAAGUCAGGCGAGGAGGAGGCAUGUCGCGAGGAGGCAGGGAUGAGGGGCACAGGCAAUUAGGCAAAAUGGCUGGACGACCCACAGGAGACAGACAGAUACGACCCGGCAACAUCGGGCACACAGUAAACCCUUAUUCGUCCAACCAUGGACCCACCCAUCAACAGCCAGCCAAUCAGCAGCAGCAGCAGAAGAGGCUGAGAGAGCAUAGCUCCAGCAGGGCGCCAUCAGAGGACGCCCACAUCGCCAUGAUGGUGUUCCGCAUCGGCAUCCCCGACAUCAAACAGACGAAGUGUUUGCGGUUCAACCCAGAUGCGACCGUUUGGAAGGCCAAGCAGCAGGUUCUAUGUUCUCUGACCGAUUCGUUGCGGGAUGUGUUGAACUACGGCUUGUUCCAACCAGCCACCGAAGGCCAUGACGCCAAGUUCCUGGAGGAGGAGAAGAUGCUGAGAGAGUACCCACAAUCCUUUGAGAAGGGGGUACCAUAUCUGGAGUUUCGUUACAAGACCAGAGUAUACAAACAGACCAAUCUAGAUGAGAAACAGCUGGCUAAACUCCACACUAAGGCCAGUCUGAAGAAGUUCAUGGACUAUAUCCAAAGUGGCUCUGUGGACAAGAUGGCCAAGUUCUUGGACAAAGGGCUUGACCCCAACUACCAGGACCCUGACACGGGAGAAACCCCCCUGACGUUGGCCGUGCAAUGUGAGCCGGGGGGAGGGGAGGCCAUACGGGGGCUGGUGCUGGGAGGGGCUCAUCUUGAUUUCAGGUCCAAGGACGGACUCACACCUCUACACAAGGCUGUCCGCAGCCACUGCCACACAGCCUUGCUGACCUUGCUGUCUCUGGGUGCGUCUCCGGACUAUAAGGACCGGCGGGGGCUGACUCCGCUCUACCACACUGUGCUGACAGGGGGCGACACCUCCUGCUGUGAGACCCUGCUCCACCACCGCGCCAAGCUGGCCGUCAGGGACGAGAACGGCUGGGAUGAGACACACCAGGCCUGUCAGAAUGGCAACGCCCAACAUCUGGAGCACCUUCUUUUUUACGGGGCAGACUCCACUUCCCAGAAUGCCUCAGGAAACACUGCCUUGCACGUUUGUGCUUUAUACAACAAGGACAGCUGUGCACGAAUUCUACUUUACAGGGGAGCCAAUAAAGACACAAAGAAUAACAGUGGGCAGAACCCAUUUCAGGUGGCUGUCAUGUCCGGCCAUUUUGAGCUAGGAGAGAUUAUCAAAAACCACCGGGACACAUAUGUAGUACCUUUUCUUGAGUCUCCCAAAUACGCCCCUCAGAGGCGAGAGAGUGCACCGCGCACCCUGGCGCUGCCCCACCCUCACCCCUUCCUGCGUGCCAACAGUGAUAACAGUAUGAACCUGCCUGACUGGAUGGCACUGCCCAAUACACCAGGCUCCAACAUAGUGUCUGUACAGGGCUAUAAGCAUUCAGGUACCAUGCGUAGCUCCAGUAGUCCCCGUGGGGCGCGGACUCGCUCCCCGUCCCGAGGGAGAGCAGGAGAUAAGGAGGACAGGAGUCGGCAGAGUCGGAGGCAGGGCGGAGGGGGAGGAGAAGGAGGGGGAGCAGGAGGAGGCGCAGGAGGGGCGGGGUCUGUCAGCAGCAAUACGGUUACGGCAGCAGGGGGCCAGCGGAGGCGUCUCUACAGCGCCGUCCCAGGACGUGUGUUUGUGGCCACGCGUUCCCACUCCGCCCAGGGAGACAGAGAGAUUAGCAUCAGCAAGGGAGACAAAGUCAAAGUGCUGAGUGUGGGCGAGGGAGGGUUCUGGGAGGGCACGGUUAAGGGACGGACCGGCUGGUUCCCCUCAGACUGUGUAGAGGAAGUGGCAGUCCGUAGCCAGGACAACCGCUCAGAGAGCCGCAGUGAGAAAGCCAAGAGACUGUUCCGCCAUUACACCGUGGGCUCCUACGACAGCUUUGACGCUCCCAGUGACUAUAUCAUCAAGGAGAAGACAGUGCUUCUGCAGAAAAAAGACAGUGAGGGUUUUGGCUUUGUGCUGAGAGGAGCCAAGGCUCAGACCCCCAUCGAGGAGUUCACUCCCACCCCAGCCUUCCCAGCACUGCAGUACCUGGAGUCUGUCGACGAAGGAGGCGUGGCCUGGAGAGCCGGUCUGAGAAUGGGAGACUUCCUCAUUGAGGUGAAUGGUCAGAAUGUGGUGAAGGUGGGACACAGGCAGGUGGUCAACAUGAUCAGGCAAGGUGGAAACGCCCUCAUGGUCAAGGUUGUCAUGGUGACACGCAACCCUGACAUGGAGGAUGGCCAGAGAAAGAAAAUCCCCCAGCAGAGUAAAAGACUAAGCACUCCAGCCAUCGCUCUCCGCUCCAAAUCCAUGACCUCAGAACUGGAGGAGAUGGUGGAGAGAGCUGCUACCCCCUGGAAAAAAAAUUCAGAAUUCGAGACUUCACAAGUUACAGAGAAGAAGAGGACAGUCUAUCAGAUGGCUUUGAAUAAGCUAGAUGAGAUCCUGGCAGCAGCUCAGCAGACAAUCAGCACCAAUGAGGGGCAAGGGACGCGGGGUCAGGGGGCAAGGAGAGACAGGAGCCGGGGCUCCUUUUACGCCAAUGAGCCAAAUUACGACCAAUCAGAAAUGGGGAUGACCGGGCUGGGCUAUGACCGUGCCCAGUUCACAUCAGGCCACGCCCCUCCACACGGUAUGCUGCGACAGAAAUCCAUCGGGGUGACUGAAGAGGAGAAGUCCCAUCUCAAUCCUCCGGCCAUGAAGUUUGCCCGAAGUCUCUCGGUUCCCGGCCCAGAUGACAUCCCCCCGCCCCCCACCACCGCCCCACCAGACCCCCCCUUCUCCUCUGCCCCACCGCUGGGCUGGAGAGGGGGCAAGUCUUCCCAGCAGCCCUCUGUGGCCGUGUCCCAGUCCACCUCCACAGCAGCCCACUACCAGCUCUACUCUCAGUCUGUGCACUUCACCCACGGGGGCCGUGAAAGGGCAGGGGGGCCCAGUAUCGGCCCUGGAGGAGGAGGGGUGGACCACACGCACCAGUACUCUAAUGCCCCUGCCCACGCCGCUCAGAGCAGGACUGCCUCUAGGAAAGGGGGCUACCCAGGGGAGCCUGUUGGAUCGGGAGGGGGAGGAGGAGUGGGGGGGGGAAAGGCUGCAGGUCUAAGGAGGGGCUACAGUAACGCCGCCCCACCUUCAGGCAGUGCCACAGUGAUGCCCCAGCAGCAGCAGACCACCCAGAGCCAGCCGCAGAGGGCAGACCGCAGUGCGGCUGGGGGGGCUGGAGAGGGGGUACCUAAAGGAGGGGGGGCGCGGAGAGGGAAGGGCCCUCUGGUAAAGCAGUCCAAGGUGGAGGACCUGCGGACUGGCCAGGGCACGCUGGGGGGCAAGGCCCCAGUGGAGAAGAGCUCCAUCCCCAUCCCCACCAUCAUAGUCAAGGCCCCCUCCAUCAGCAGUGGCAGUGGCCGCAGCAGUCAGGGCAGCAGUGUGGAGGCUGAGCCCACCCCCCCAGGGGAGACCGACAGAACCCAACCCCCCCACGGACCCCCUUCCACCCCAGCCCCGCAACCUCCUGCUCCUCCCUCCAUUCCGGCCCCUCCACCACCUUCCUUCCGAGGCCAGGAUAGUGACUUCACCAGCCAGUUUGGGGCGGCCAUCGUGGGCGCAGCCCGCCGGGACAGGGAACGCUUCCAUGAGGCCCGCAGGAAGAGCGCCUCCAUCUUCAUGUCUGCCGAGGAGGAGGUGGGGCCAGGGGGAGGAGGAGGAGGAGGAGGGGGGGCAGGCAGGACACAGACCUCUCAGCAGGAGCAGUUCAGCCCCCAGUCCGGUGGCCCCCCCCCACGCCUCCGGCCCUCCAAGUCCAUCGACGAGGGCAUGUUCUCUGGGGACACCUUCAUCCACCACACCCGCAGCAUGCCCCCUGCCUUCGGCCUGCCAGAGUACUCCUCCCCGGCUCCAGACUACCAGCCCAAGUCUGUUCCGGCUGACUUCUACGGGGCGUCAAGCCGGCAGCAGGUCCCCUCUGGCACCACCUUCAUCCACCCCCUGACAGGAAAGGUCCUGGACCCCUCGUCCCCACUGGGUCUGGCCCUGGCUGCCAGGGAGCGGGCCCUGAAGGACGACGGCAGGAUGAGGAGGGAGAGAGGGACCGAGCACCAGUUUGUACGACAGAUGUCCAGUGUGGUGACAUUCCCCUCCCAGGCCACCUCCCCCACACCGGCUUCCUCAGCCACCCAUUCCUCCAGCUCCUCCUAUCUGGUCACCUCCUCAUCCCUAGCCGCCACCACCUCCUCCACCAGCCAACCCUCCUCCCCAAGGAUCCUCAGGGGUGCAGGCUGGGGCGAGGAGGGGGGAGGAGGGGAGCGGGAGGGUGGCGGGGCCAGAGAGGGGCUGAGGGUGCGCUUCUCUGAGGACAAAACAGUCCACACGCAUCACUACCAGUCCCAGCACUACCAACCCUCCUACAGGGAGGAAAGACAGAGGGAGAGGUCGAGAGAGAGGGAGAGGUCGAAAGAGAGGGAGAGGUCGAGAGAAAGAGAGCGGGACAGAGAGGGGUACAUGAGGCAGCAGACAGCACCUACCCAGCAGCCCCAUCAGCUGUCGUCCCAGCAGCCUCGCCAGGCCUCGUUUCUGAGGAUGGAGAGUGAGGCAGGCUACAUCCUGUCUCUCACCCCUCCAUCUCCCCCCGCUACAGCCGCCCCGUCUCACCCUCAGGGGGGAGGGGGUUCCGGGGGCAGUGGCCUCAUGGUUCUGCCGCCCCCUGCCCCCUCUGUGGAUGUGGAUGAUGAGUUUGUGUUUGCGGACCCACUGCCCCCUCCACUGGAGUUUGCCAACAGCUUUGACCGGGGUGGAAUGUCAGGUUACACACACCGUGCCAUUAUCAACAACCUGGCCUCCCGCCAGCAGCAGCCCCCACCACCUCCCCCUCCUCCCCCACCACCCCCUCCAAAAGACAUGUAUAUCAGUGGGUUCCCGGCCCACACCCCCUUACCCUCCCCACAGGCGGGGGACUCUACCACCUCCAGCCUUACCUCCUAUGACAGUGAGGUGGCCAACCUGACCCAGUCAGGAAACUCCCCCACUCAGACAUCACCCAACCCCCUUCCUCCACCCUCACCCUCCGGCCUCCAGCCCACAGGACCCCCUCCUCCUCCCUCUGUCUCCCCCCCACCCCCACCCCCACCCAGCUCCUUUCACAGACCCUCCCUUGCCAUGACCCACUCUCACCACCUCUACAACAGCACGCACACCGGGCGCUCCUCUCCUUCCCAUGGGCGUUCCUCCCCCACUCCUCCUCCCAAAGGUCGCUUCUCCCCCACCCAGGGUCGCUUCUCCCCCACCCAGGGUCGCUCCUCCCCCACCCAGGGUCGCUCCUCCCCCACCCAGGGUCGCCCCUCCACCAUCCAUAGGAGCUCAUCCCCCACCCCUCCUCCCCAUUCCAUUGCAGGUUCCCCAUCCUACCGUGGUCCCCCUCCCAUCUCCUCCACCGCAGCCUCCUCUGGCCCCUUCCGGGGCUCUGCAGCCCUGACCUCCACCGCUCCCUGUACCACCACCACCACCACCACCACCACCACCACCGCUGCCACCACCACGAGGACCUCAGUCCAGCCCCACCAGGACAGGACACACCCAGCCCCCUCUGGUUCUACAGCGGCCGGCCGCAGGAUAGGGGAGCACCACCCUCACCCCACAGCCAAGGCAGGGGAGUCCCAGGAGACGGUGGUGGACUCUGGGAUAGAGGAGCUGGACAGCCGAAGCAGCAGUGACCACCACCUGGACAACAUCCUGGCCAUGAGCGGAGGAGCCAGAGAGAGGCUGGAAGAGAGGCUGGAGAGAGGGAGGGAGGGAGGAGGUGGAGGGGAGGGAGACAGGGCGGGAGGAGCAGACCUCCUGGAGUCGUACAUGAGCUACCUGGACGGACAGACGUUUGACAUGCACAACGCCACAGCCGCCGGCUCCACCUACCCCAAAUCAGGCAGGUUCAGGGAGGGGGGGCGAGCGGCCGAACUACGCAGAGAGACCGGUACUGCCCCGCCCUCCUUCCAGUCACACAGACGGAGGGAGGAAGAGGAAGAGGACGAGGAGGGCGAGGAAGGAGAGGAGGAGGACGAUGGAGGACGGGAGGGUUAUGGGAUGACACAGAAUUUGGGGCGUCCCACGUCACCCUACUUUGACCGGCCCCGGACCCCUGAGAUGAAGCCUCUGUGGGGGUCAGAGGGUCAGUUAGUAGGGGACCAGGGGACCUACCUUGAGGGCCGGAGGCUGUACCCCCCCAUAUCCAGCAUGAAGGCCAGCAUCAUCAAUGAGCUCAGCAACAAACUGCAGCAGAGAGGGAGCCAGAGAUCACUAAGUAGACACAGAAACAGGUUUUCAGAAGACUCCGCCUCGGCCCUGAGCCCCCCCUCAGUUCGUUCCCUGUCCCCCUCCCCUAUCCACCACUCCCAGCCCGCCCUGUCCCUGUCCCCCACCCCUUCCUCCCAGUACCCCAACUGGAACCGUCCCCCAUCCCCCCAGCCCCCUGUGGCUGCCGUACAGCCCCCUCCACGCUCCCACUCCCCCCUGUCCUCCCCCACCUACUCCCCUUAUCCCACCUCCCCUAAACACCGGCCUGUGUAUCGCACCAAAGCCCUGGAGUUCCAGUUCAUUCCAAGUAGAGAGUCCAGGAAGGCAGAGUCCCACCACCUGCAGCGUAGGAGAGCCCCCAGUCCCCUCAUCUCCCCCUCAGAGAGGCCCAAACUGGGUCCCCCCCGCCCCUCCUCCCUUCCCCUCCUCCCCACCACACCCCUCUACAGCAGCCUCUACGAGCUUCGCGGCUCUAUGACCCCGCCCUCACCCGCUAACCACAUGGGGGACCCCUACUUCUCCCCCUCCCCUCCUCUCUUCGCCCCCUCUGGUGCCCCUCCUCCCCCAAACGCCUCCCUGUUGGUGUCUCGCUCCCUCUCCCCCACACACUUUUUAUCUGGUAGCUCAUCCCCUCCCCUGCACCCUCUCCCCGCUCCCCCCUGCCUGAGCUACCCCCACCUCCCUCCCCCAUCCCCCUCCAAGCCCUUUGCCUCCAAGCCACUGCCUUAUUGGACCAAAUACGACGUGGCUGAUUGGCUGGGAUACCUGAACCUGGGCGAGCACAGGGAGCAUUUCCUGGACAACGAGAUCGACGGCACUCACCUGCCCUCCCUCACCAAGGAGGACUAUCUGGACCUGGGGGUGACACGUGUCGGACACCGCAUGAACAUCGACCGUGCUCUGAAGAGAGUGACUGACAGGCUCUCCAGCUCUCCUUUUCCCAUUUCUGCUCUGUCACCACGAGGAAGAAGGGAUGAUGGGAGUCGGAGCUGAGAAGACAAACAGAAAGAGAAAGGAGGGGGGAUGGAGUCAGUGAGGGAACAGGAGAGAGAGAGGCCACAACUGCUGCUAUCCAUGAUGGAUUCACACAACAAAAGCAGAGGACCUGAUUUCACCCAGAGGGAGGACCAAUCAGGAAAAGAGAGGGGAAAUGAGGGAUGGAACAAGGGCUGACCAGUGCCUGGUACUCAGGGCCUGGUAGCUGACUCACACAGAUACACUCACAUGCACACAAAUACAGUAACACACACACACAAACACUACGAGGAUGGAAUGACUGAAUGUAGAUUGAGGCAACAAAUAACAAUAUGAGUAAAAUAGUGAUAAAAAUUUGCCCAAAAUAUUGAGAGAAACAAUCAAAUGUUUAGCUUUUUCAUCUGAGCAGUUCUUGGUGUUUUUGGGGAAAGAGAGAAGGAAGAUUGUCCUCAUUAUUAACACUAGUUAGAGCUUUCUCCACCUGUCUUCUCUGGGUAGCUGUAGUUCCUCCUCUCUACCCUAGGGCUAGGGUUAGGUAGCUCCUCCUCUCUACCCUAGGGUUAGGUAGCUCCUCCUCUCUACCCUAGGGUUAGGUAGCUCUUCCUCUCUACCCUAGGGUUAGGUAGCUCUUCCUCUCUACCCUAGGGUUAGGUAGCUCCUCCUCUCUACCCUAGGGUUAGGUAGCUCCUCCUCUCUACCCUAGGGCUAGGUAGCUCCUCCUCUCUACCCUAGGGUUAGGGUUAGGUAGCUCCUCCUCUCUACCCUA